AUGCCGUCGAAGCACGAUAUAGACAGUUCAACGACGCAGACAUUUCAAGCGUACGACGUAGAGUCGGAGUUCCCGACGGCUGAGUGGGAUGCGGAGAUACACUGGGCCGACGGCUUCCUUCUAGCCUUCUCCGUCACCGACAAGGAGUCCUUCGGGCAGAUCGCCAAGAUACGCGACUACAUCGCCGUCGCGCGCGACGACGACAACCCGCCGAUCGUCCUCGUCGCCAACAAGGUCGACCUCGUGCACAUGCGCGUCGUCUCGCCGCAAGACGUCGCCUCGCUGGCGCUGCGCAUGCGCUGUCUGUGCCGCGAGGUGGCGGCCAGCGAGGACAUCGACCGCGUGCGUGAUGUGUUCGCCGAUCUGUUUCGAGCUGUUCGACUCAAGCAUAAGCAGGGCAGACGUAAAGGCAGCGACGGCCUGCUCAUGCAUAAGGAGCGCUCGCGGUUGCGCAUGGCCUUCAACUUGUUCGUCAAGGACAAGAACACGGGUGACGGAGGCGACUCGCGCAGGGGAGAGGAAGACUUCGGUCACUUGCUAGCGAGAGAUCGGACGUACACGAUGUGAAAGCCGACCGCGAGGGGGCGGUAUCGUCAGUGACUUCUGUGGCCCGUAUGUCAUUACAUUACGAGGGGUCAUCACUAUAUUAUGGGGAAUCGACCCUGUGUCACUGGGGAUUAUUCCCAUAUUACGGGGGUCGCGAAGAAAAUACUUAGCAUUGUCUUCAAUGUGUAAUGCAACAUUGCAAGCACUUUCGCCGUUUCAAUGAUAAAAUGGUGAAUAAAUACAAAUUAUAUUUACUACCA